AUGGAGCUGCAGGGGCGACUGGAACUACGGCUGCAACUGGAGCAACCGGAGGCACCGGUACCACGGGCACAACCGGGACUGGAACCACAGGGACUGGAACCACCAGCACCGGAGCCACAGGAGGUGCAGGUCAGACGUAUCGGCGUAAUCUUCGCUCGGAUUGAACGGGCGAUUUGCUGGGCGUAUACUUCCUAG